AUGAAGGAGACGGACACAGAUGUGAAGGCAGAGAUGUCUUCAGUCCUUGCCUGCUUGCUGUUUUUCCUGGUGGGCUGCCUGGGAUGCCAACACCACGCCUGUCGCUGCAUGGGAAGGGUCUUCAUUUGUCAGGAAAGCAAGGUGGUCCAUGUUCCCCGGGACAUCCCUGCCAACACCACCGAACUGAGAUUUGUCCUCACCAAGAUGAGAGUUGUUCCAAAAGGAGCUUUCACAGGACUUCUUGACCUGGAGAAAAUAGAGAUCUCACAGAAUGAUGCCUUGGAGGUCAUAGAAGCAAAUGUGUUUUCCAACCUUCCCAAACUACAUGAAAUAAGAAUUGAGAAAGCCAACAACCUUGUGUACAUUGAUGCAGAUGCCUUCCAACACCUUCCAAGCCUCAGAUAUUUGUUAAUAUCAAAUACUGGCCUUCGGUUUUUACCUGCUGUCCAUAAAGUUCAGUCUUUCCAGAAAGUUUUGCUAGAUAUUCAAGACAAUAUCAAUAUACGUGUAAUUGAAAGAAAUUCAUUCGUGGGCCUGAGUUCUGAAAGUGUGAUUCUAUGGCUGAAUAAAAAUGGAAUUCGGGAAAUUGAGAAUUAUGCAUUUAAUGGAACAUAUCUGGAUGAGCUAAAUCUAAGUGAUAAUCACAACCUAGAAAAAUUACCAAAUGAGGUCUUCCAGGGAGCCAAUGGGCCUGUUGUUUUGGAUAUUUCAAGCACGAAAAUCAGUUUCCUGCCAAGUCAUGGAUUAGAACUCAUUAAGAAGCUAAGAGCAAGGUCUACAUACAAUUUAAAAAAGCUUCCUGAUCUAAGCAAAUUUAGAUCUUUGAUUGAAGCAAACUUCACAUAUCCUAGCCAUUGCUGUGCAUUUGCAAACUGGAAAAGACAAAACACCGAAUUGCAUCCGAUAUGUACCAUGUCUCAGGCCAAGCAAGACCUUAAGGAGCAGCCUGGCGAAAAGCUACAGAUACAAUCCGCAGCUGAAGAUUAUAUUUCAAGCUAUGGCAUAGGAUUUGACCCAACAAAGAAUGACUUUGACUAUGGUUUAUGCAAUGAAGUAGUUAACGUAGCUUGCUCACCAAAACCUGAUGCUUUCAAUCCAUGUGAAGAUAUCAUGGGGUACAACAUUCUGAGAGUCCUGAUAUGGUUUAUCAGCAUUUUAGCUAUCACUGGGAACAUUGUUGUCCUCAUUAUAUUAAUAAGCAGUCAAUACAAGCUCACUGUGCCUCGCUUUCUGAUGUGCAAUCUUGCAUUUGCAGAUCUCUGCAUAGGCAUCUAUCUGUUGUUUAUUGCAUCUGUAGAUAUCCAGACCAAAAGCCAGUAUUACAACUACGCCAUAGACUGGCAAACUGGGGCAGGAUGCAAUACUGCAGGAUUUUUCACAGUGUUUGCAAGCGAACUCUCGGUCUACACACUGACUGUGAUCACCCUGGAGAGGUGGCACACCAUCACCUACGCCAUGCAGCUGCACCGCAAGGUCCGACUGCGUCAUGCUGUGAUUAUAAUGGUUUUUGGCUGGCUGUUUGCUUUCUCAGUAGCACUUCUUCCCAUAUUUGGAGUCAGCAGCUACAUGAAGGUCAGCAUCUGUUUGCCCAUGGAUAUAGAAACACCAUUUUCUCAGGCCUACGUUGUAUGUCUUUUAGUACUGAAUGUGCUCGCAUUUGUGAUUAUAUGCGUGUGCUACAUCUGCAUCUACUCUACCGUGAGGAACCCCAACGUGAUCUCUUCCAACAGUGACACCAAGAUUGCCAAGCGCAUGGCCAUACUGAUCUUCACAGACUUCCUCUGCAUGGCACCCAUAUCUUUUUUCGCAAUAUCGGCCUCACUCAAGGUUCCUCUCAUCACCGUGUCCAAAUCCAAGAUCCUUCUGGUUUUGUUUUACCCCAUCAACUCCUGUGCUAACCCUUUCCUCUAUGCCAUUUUCACCAAGACUUUCCGCAGGGAUUUCUUCAUUCUGUUGAGCAAGUUUGGUUGCUGUGAAAUGCAAGCCCAGAUUUACAGAACAGAGACCUCCUCAUCUGCUCCUAAUUUCCACACAAGAAAUGGUCAUUGUUCUCCUGCAUCAAAAAACAGUGAGGGCCCUAUUUAUUCACUGGUUCCUCUGAAUCACUUGAACUGAAACACUCGCAUGAAUUUGUGUCUGAGGUAGUGUGAUAAUCACUUCCAACAGUGCAUUUGAAUAAUGACUUUAGCAUAGCAUGUAAACUUAUGUUUUAUGAGGAAAGAAAAAAUUAUUUCCACUUCGCUAUUUUUGUUCAAUGAACAACCAUCAAUAAGUGGCAAAUCAUCUUCAGCAGUUCUUGAAGACCAAAGUGCCAAAGUCUUCUCGUAGAAUUGCCUUAAGAAAGAAAUGAGAUCAUAAACCAGUAUCUCCCACCAUGCAGGCAGAGACUCCCUCAUUCUAGGAAGAUGUUAGCUGCUUACUGAGAAUUAAUAUGUAGAAAUAAUUUCUUUUCAUGUGAAGUGUGUUAUAACAAUGACAAAUAAUUAGGUUUUCUCAUUAAUCGUACUUCCUGGGGUUACAGGAGACAGAAGGCCAACGUAAGCCUCCUUGAGCACAGACUUAUUAGGAAUGAGAAUAUUGUGUGUUGUUUCCAUUUCUGUUGACCACACCCAUCUCCAGCUGUGCUGAUGUUUUCUGUUCCAUGAUUCCAUCAAACAUCCAUGAUGUUUUCUGUCCACUGCAUGGUCCUGCCUUAUUCUGCACAGAAGUGUCACUUGGGGUGGGUUUUGUGUCGAUAUAGAUUGGCAGGCUCAGAGAAACAUAUUUCAUCUAAGUUUGUCUCUAGAAGUUGGUUUGGUUUGGGGUUUGUUUUCAAGUUAAGAAAGCGCAAGAACAAAGGCGAGAGAAACCUCUGAUAAUAAGGAGGAUGUUUUCUCAAGUUGUUCUCACAGAGUUGGGUUGAAUUGUAUGUCUGGACCCCUUGGAUAUGCCAAGAUGGGCCAAUGGGCUGCUCUAAAAUGAUACACAAGGCAGGUUUACCAUAAAAUGGUAUUAGUGCAUUACACUGCCUGGACUGUGAAAAGGGCAAUGGAACUAGGCAUGGCUUUUGAAACCCUGAGUAAAAGUUUAUGGGAAAUCCUAAUUUUUUGCAAAAUAUUUUUAGGAUUUUAUUAUCAGAUGAUGGUCCACAUUGGAAGACCUGAAAUAAACCAUAAGCUGCAUAUGUUGAAAUAACAAAACAAAAAAAACACCACCAAACACCAAAAAACAAACAAACAAACAAAAGAAACCUUUUCAUCCAGAUUUCCUGAUUUUACAGGAAUUUUUUAUUAACAUCUGAAUGAAUGUACAGACUUUUUACAUGAUUUGCAUAACAAACUUUUUGAGGGUUAAUCAUUCCAAAUUGCAACAAAGAUUUAGGGAUGGGUAGGGUUUUCUCAUGCUGGUUUCGUGGAUAUGUGUGGAUAUGUGGGCAUAAAGAAAAGACCAAGAGAGGAGUCUGGGCUUUAUUUCCACCUCACAAACAAUUCACAGUUCUGCCCAAUGAGAUUAUAAAUCUUUGGAAUCUUCAUGGUUAAAUGUGAUGUGCUUUAAAUAUUUCCUACAUACAGCUCAUAAAAUUUCAGUACCAAAUCUUGAUGCUUCUAUCUAUAAUCUCCCAUCAUCAGCUUCACUUUUCAGUAUCUGAACCUGAUGUGAAUAACUACAGGAGGUGAUUAUUCAUUCAGUCCUAACCAGGAAAGGAACUAUCAGCUCCCUAGUGCAUAAAACAGGGGACAUCAAAAGAGUGUGGCUUGGGGGAUGAUAUUUCAUUACUCAACACAAGUAACACUCCCUCCAAGAUCCAGGAGAAGUAAGAAUGAAAAACAAGAGCAUGAAAGACAGUUCAUCUCUGGGAAGAUCUUCUGACUAUUCAGAGGAAUGAUUUUUUUUACAAAUACUUUAUAUCAUAUAUAGCGUUAUGGUGUGCAGCCAUUAAAACCCAUCCGGAUGGAAGUGACUGAAUGAUGAUGUUCCAAAAUGACAGACACUCUAGUUACAUUUUAAAAAGGCUCCUGAUUCUAUUCUUGGGUCAAAAAUGAGAGGUGUUAUUUGGCAAAUACUAUCCCAUUUUUGUUGAUAAAUAGGGAAAAGUCUUGUAGUGCAUCAUGUUAUGCUUUUUUGCCUUGGUGCUGUCCAUUUGUCAAGGAUGAGACCUGGCAGUUCAGGAAAGCACAGGCAUCAUAGUCUAGAAGCCAGUUUUGUAAAUUGUCUUGUCAGGCACAUGGGCUUGGUACAGCUGAUCUGCUUCAUGCAAACCCAUUGCCUAGACAUUUGCAGAAUUUUAAAUAUGCUUUACAAAUUAGCAUCUCUGAAAAGAGACCUUGCAGGAUCGUAUCUUGUAUACAGAGUCAGACCAGUGCCCAAGGGAUGAAGCCACCUUAGCCCAUGGCUCUUCCUCCAGAGGAUGCUAGAGCUGAUACUUGAAGAGCAAGUAGAACUUGCCUUGUCCCAAGCAAGAGGACAUGUCAUCCUGCCCACACAUGCUGCUCAGGAGCUCUGGUGGCAACUCAGGCUGUGGCAGGACCUCCAAAGCUGGGAGGUUGACCAUGCAGUUUUCAAGACAAAAACCUCCUUCUAGUCCUUAGAAUUCCUUGGCUUUAACUAUUCUUUGGAUUUUAAUUUUAAUAAUUUUCCAGAUUCUAAGACACAUUUGUGUGACCUGUGUCUUUCUCUGCAUGGGACAUAGGUCUGUUUGUAGCAAUUUUUUAAGCAGUAUUUUUUGUUUGAAGAAAGUAGUAUAAGAAAAAAAAUGCAAGAUACGUUUUUUUCAUGCUUGUAAUGUACA